UCGGCCGGUUAAACGGCCGUCCUGGCAUGUCUGGUUAUUUUGCCAACACUGAUAUAUAUUCGAGAGAGAGAAGGGGUUGGAACCAAGGCGACAGAAAUGGCAGGGGAGACAAAGGCGCAAGUGCCGCUGCAUCCGGCUGUUGCCCCGCUGUCCUUCUUGCUGGGCACUUGGAAAGGCCAAGGAGAAGGCAGCUUUCCCACAAUCUCUUCUUCUUUCCAUUAUGGGGAGGAGCUCACAUUCUCGCAUUCCGGUGGAAAGCCUGUUAUAGCUUAUGCUCAAAAAACAUGGAAAUUAGCUUCUCAGGAGAACAUGCAUGCUGAAAGUGGUUAUUGGCGGCCAAAGGUUGAUGGGUCAAUUGAAGCUGUUAUUGCUCAAAGUACUGGUCUAGUGGAGGUCCAGAAGGGGACAUAUGAUGCUGAGAAGAAGAUGGUACAGCUUCAAAGCGAACUUAUAGGGAAUGCCACAAAGCUGUUCUUAUGGGCUUCUACUCGAUCAUCCUUUGUGGUGUGGACUUCAUGUAUAUUCUUCUACUUUGGCAUGUUGCUACUCUAAGGUGGACCCCCUUGUUAAAAUGUGAGAGAAAUAACCCGAACUUUUGAGUUUAUUAGUGGAGAACUAGUUUACGUGGUUCAGAUGGCUACAAAUUCAACAACUCUACAGCCGCAUUUGAGAGGCCUGCUUAAGAAGAUAUGAUUGUUCAUCUUUAUCAACAGAGGACCCCGUUUUCCACCUUUUCCUAACCUCUUUGGAGCAUUUAUACUCCCCAUGUACUCCCCUCCCUCCUAAAUCACAAUUUGAAGAAGAUGAUUGAGAGUUGGCGCCUUAUCUAUUCUUAGUUUAGGCUUGGUUUGAUAAUUUUUUACUAUUUCACAGAGAACUCUUGAGAAUACUUGGGGUUCUAGAAACAUCUGAAAGUUAGUGCAAUCAUUUUCUCCGGUUUGAUAAUUUCCAUGGGAAAGCGAAGCAGUUUUCCCUAGAACUUGUCUGAAAAAUUGGUGUAGUAAGUUUCAUAUGGGGAACUAUUUUAUUCAAUAGUGCGAUAUUAAAAGUUUAUUUUAAA